UCACUAUGUUGGUCAGGCUUGUCUUGAACUCCUGACCUCAGGUGAUCUACCCGUCUCGGCCUCCCAAAGUGGUAGGUUAUAGGCAUGAGCCACUGGGCCAGGCCUUUUUUUAAAUUUUGAAACAGUUUCACUCCGUCCCCCAGGCUGGAGUGCAAUGUUUGCCUUGCAGAUUUAUCAGAAUGAGCCUGCAGGCCCCACGAAGGCUCAUGGAGCUGGCAGCGCAGAGCCUGGUGAGGGAACCGUGUUUGGACACCUCCAUUCUGGAUGAACUGCCAGGGGAAGUCUUCCCCCUGAUGUUCAUGGAGGCAUUCAGCAUCAGGCACUAUGAGAUUCUACAGGCCAUGGUGCAGACCUGGCCCUUCCCCCGCCUCCCUCUGGGGUCCCUGAUGAAGACACCUCAUCUGGAGACCUUGCAAGCUGUGCUGGAGGGACUUGAUUCAGUGGUGUACAUGAUGAUUCGCCCCAGGAGGUGGAAACUUCAAGUGCUGGAUUUGCGGAAUGUUGAUGAGGAUUUCUGGACCUCGUGGUCUGGAUCCAGGGCCCUGUUGUGCUCCCCAGAGGCCACGAGUAAGAGGCAGACAGUGGAGGACCAUCCAGGGACAGGAGAGCAUAAGCCGUUGAUGAUGUUCAUACAUGAGCCCUUGAAGGUGUUCAUAGAUGUCGGCCUCAAGGAAAGUACCCUGGAUGAGUGGCUGAGCUACCUCUGUGGCUGGAUUCACCACAAAAGAGGUUUGGUACAGCUGUGUUGUCGUAAAGUGCAGAAUUACCCAAUGCCCGAGUCACAUUUCAGAAAAUUAGUGGAAAUGGUAUACCCAGACAGUAUCCAGGAGUCGGAAGUCCAGAGAAAGUGCUCACUGAAUAGACCACCAGGAAAGUUUGCCCCUUACCUGAGCCAGUUAAGCGAGCUCCACAGAGUCUUGGUAGCCUUCGGUUAUGAUCAUGAGUUAUCCGUGUGCGCCCAACAGCAGUUCAUUCCUGAAUUGGAAACUCAAACCUCAGCUGGCCCGAGAGGUUUUUUCAUAAGAAUGGCCAAUCAUAUCAAUGAACACCAGGACCACGUGCACAGGACUUUCAAAGAUCUGAUGAAGAGAGCUGGAAACCAUCAUUUUCAGCAAACUGACAAGAACAGAAAACCAAACACCGCAUGAUCUCACGCAUAAGUGUAUGUUGAGCAAUGAGAACACAUGGACACAGGGAGGGGA